AUGCCUGUUUAUGAGAUAAAACCAGAACAAGGAGGUAAAAGUCGCACAGUGAACAGAAACUUGCUCCUCCCAUGUGACAGUUUACCUAUAGAAAAACCUGACAACAAACAGCUGAGGAGUCGAAAGAAGAAGACGCAAACAAAUAUAAGACAAGAGACAUUCCAAGACAAUGCAGAUUCAGACAGUGAUGCUGAAGGAGCCCUGGUGUGGAGAUCUCCCCGUCUGCAGAGCCGUGAGGACAGCAGAGCGCAGGAGCUGAUUCCGGAGCCUGAGCUGGAGCAAUGCCCACAGGUACCCGAGACUGAGGACCCUCAUCACUCAGAUGACCAGAACAGCUCAACUGAAGGUGAUCCGGUGGCAGCGGAGUGCGAGGCACCCCAGGAGCAGCUCAUCGAUCAUCCUGCUGAAGAAGCUGGCAUAGAUGGAGACUCUGAUGACUUUGAGAUUGACAGGAAAGCUUUGCAGGAUCGUAUCACCUCUCUCACAGAAGAGAUGGUCCUCAAGGAUCAGUCCUCUGUGGGGGAAAUUACCGAAAUAACCAAAGACUACACCUUAAAGGUCAGUUCUCUUCAGGAGCAGAUGGAGGGGCUGCAGCAGUCCUUGAUAGAUAAAGACAAAAUUAUUACGGCAAAUCAAAGUCUGAUGUCAGACUUUGAGAUUGACAGGCAAGCUUUGCAGGAUCGUAUCACCUCUCUCACAGCAGAGAUGGUCCUCAAGGAUCAGUCCUCUGUGGGGGAAAUUACCGAAAUAACCAAAGACUACACCUUAAAGGUCAGUUCUCUUCAGCAGCAGAUGGAUGGGCUGCAGCAGUCCUUGAUAGAUAAAGACAAAAUUAUUACGACAAAUCAAAGUCUGAUGUCAGACUUUGAGAUUGACAGGAAAGCUUUGCAGGAUCGUAUCACCUCUCUCACAGAAGAGAUGGUCCUCAUGGCUCAGUCCUCUGUGGGGGAAAUUACCGAAAUAACCAAAGACUACACCUUAAAGGUCAGUUCUCUUCAGGAGCAGAUGGAGGGGCUGCAGCAGUCCUUGAUAGAUAAAGACAAAAUUAUUACGACAAAUCAAAGUCUGAUGUCAGACUUUGAGAUUGACAGGAAAGCUUUGCAGGAUCGUAUCACCUCUCUCACAGAAGAGAUGGUCCUCAACGAUCAGUCCUCUGUGGGGGAAAUUACCGAAAUAACCAAAGACUACACCUUAAAGGUCAGUUCUCUUCAGGAGCAGAUGGAGGGGCUGCAGCAGUCCUUGAUCGAUAAAGACAAAAUUAUUACGACAAAUCAAAGUCUGAUGUCAGACUUUGAGAUUGACAGGAAAGCUUUGCAGGAUCGUAUCACCUCUCUCACAGCAGAGAUGGAGCAGAUGGAGGGGCUGCAGCAGUCCUUGAUCGAUAAAGACAAAAUUAUUACGACAAAUCAAAGUCUGAUGUCAGACUUUGAGAUUGACAGGAAAGCUUUGCAGGAUCGUAUCACCUCUCUCACAGAAGAGAUGGUCCUCAAGGAUCAGACCUCUGUGGGGGAAAUUACCGAAAUAACCAAAGACUACACCUUAAAGGUCAGUUCUCUUCAGGAGCAGAUGGAAGGGCUGCAGCAGUCCUUGAUAGAUAAAGACAAAAUUAUUACGACAAAUCAAAGUCUGAUGUCAGACUUUGAGAUUGACAGGAAAGCUUUGCAGGAUCGUAUCACCUCUCUCACAGAAGAGAUGGUCCUCAACGAUCAGUCCUCUGUGGGGGAAAUUACCGAAAUAACCAAAGACUACACCUUAAAGGUCAGUUCUCUUCAGCAGCAGAUGGAGGGGCUGCAGCAGUCCUUGAUAGAUAAAGACAAAAUUAUUACGACAAAUCAAAGUCUGAUGUCAGACUUUGAGAUCGACAGGAAAGCUUUGCAGGAUCGUAUCACCUCUCUCACAGAAGAGAUGGUCCUCAACGAUCAGUCCUCUGUGGGGGAAAUUACCGAAAUAACCAAAGACUACACCUUAAAGGUCAGUUCUCUUCAGGAGCAGAUGGAGGGGCUGCAGCAGUCCUUGAUAGAUAAAGACAAAAUUAUUACGGCAAAUCAAAGUCUGAUGUCAGACUUUGAGAUCAACAAGAAAGCUUUGCAGGAUCGUAUCACCUCUCUCACGGAAGAGAUGGUCCUUAAGGAUCAGUCCUCUGUGGGGGAAAUUACCGAAAUAACCAAAGACUACACCUUAAAGGUCAGUUCUCUUCAGGAGCAGAUGGAGGGGCUGCAGCAGUCUUUGAUAGAUAAAGACAAAAUUAUUACGACAAAUCAAAGUCUGAUGUCAGACUUUGAGAUCGACAGGAAAGCUUUGCAGGAUCGUAUCACCUCUCUCACAGAAGAGAUGGUCCUCAAGGAUCAGUCCUCUGUGGGGGAAAUUACCAAAAUAACCAAAGACUACACCUUAAAGGUCAGUUCUCUUCAGGAGCAGAUGGAGGGGCUGCAGCAGUCCUUGAUAGAUAAAGACAAAAUUAUUACGACAAAUCAAAGUCUGAUGUCAGACUUUGAGAUUGACAGGAAAGCUUUGCAGGAUCGUAUCACCUCUCUCACAGAAGAGAUGGUCCUCAACGAUCAGUCCUCUGUGGGGGAAAUUAUCGAAAUAACCAAAGACUACACCUUAAAGGUCAGUUCUCUUCAGGAGCAGAUGGAGGGGCUGCAGCAGUCCUUGAUAGAUAAAGACAAAAUUAUUACGACAAAUCAAAGUCUGAUGUCAGACUUUGAGAUCGACAGGAAAGCUUUGCAGGAUCGUAUCACCUCUCUCACAGAAGAGAUGGUCCUCAUGGAUCAGUCCUCUGUGGGGGAAAUUACCGAAAUAACCAAAGACUACACCUUAAAGGUCAGUUCUCUUCAGGAGCAGAUGGAGGGGCUGCAGCAGUCCUUGAUCGAUAAAGACAAAAUUAUUACGACAAAUCAAAGUCUGAUGUCAGACUUUGAGAUCAACAAGAAAGCUUUGCAGGAUCGUAUCACCUCUCUCACAGAAGAGAUGGUCCUUAAGGAUCAGUCCUCUGUGGGGGAAAUUACCGAAAUAACCAAAGACUACACCUUAAAGGUCAGUUCUCUUCAGGAGCAGAUGGAGGGGCUGCAGCAGUCUUUGAUAGAUAAAGACAAAAUUAUUACGACAAAUCAAAGUCUGAUGUCAGACUUUGAGAUCGACAGGAAAGCUUUGCAGGAUCGUAUCACCUCUCUCACAGAAGAGAUGGUCCUCAAGGAUCAGUCCUCUGUGGGGGAAAUAAAAUUACCCUUAAGGAAAGCUUUGCAGGAUCGUAUCACCUCUCUCACAGAAGAGAUGGUCCUCAACGGAUCAGUCCUCUGUGGGGGAAAUUACCGAAAUAACCAAAGACUACACCUUAAAGACUUUGAGAUCGACAGGAAAGCUUUGCAGGAUCGUAUCACCUCUCUCACAGAAGAGAUGGUCCUCAAGGAUCAGUCCUCUGUGGGGGAAAUUACCGAAAUAACCAAAGACUACACCUUAAAGGUCAGUUCUCUUCAGGAGCAGAUGGAGGGGCUGCAGCAGUCCUUGAUCGAUAAAGACAAAAUUAUUACGACAAAUCAAAGUCUGAUGUCAGACUUUGAGAUCGACAGGAAAGCUUUGCAGGAUCGUAUCACCUCUCUCACAGAAGAGAUGGUCCUCAAGGAUCAGUCCUCUGUGGGGGAAAUUACCGAAAUAACCAAAGACUACACCUUAAAGGUCAGUUCUCUUCAGGAGCAGAUGGAGGGGCUGCAGCAGUCCUUGAUAGAUAAAGACAAAAUUAUUACGACAAAUCAAAGUCUGAUGUCAGACUUUGAGAUUGACAGGAAAGCUUUGCAGGAUCGUAUCACCUCUCUCACAGAAGAGAUGGUCCUCAAGGAUCAGUCCUCUGUGGGGGAAAUUACCGAAAUAACCAAAGACUACACCUUAAAGGUCAGUUCUCUUCAGGAGCAGAUGGAGGGGCUGCAGCAGUCCUUGAUAGAUAAAGACAAAAUUAUUACGACAAAUCAAAGUCUGAUGUCAGACUUUGAGAUCGACAGGAAAGCUUUGCAGGAUCGUAUCACCUCUCUCACAGAAGAGAUGGUCCUCAAGGAUCAGUCCUCUGUGGGGGAAAUUACCGAAAUAACCAAAGACUACACCUUAAAGGUCAGUUCUCUUCAGGAGCAGAUGGAGGGGCUGCAGCAGUCCUUGAUAGAUAAAGACAAAAUUAUUACGACAAAUCAAAGUCUGAUGUCAGACUUUGAGAUCGACAGGAAAGCUUUGCAGGAUCGUAUCACCUCUCUCACAGCAGAGAUGGUCCUCAAGGAUCAGUCCUCUGUGGGGGAAAUUACCGAAAUAACCAAAGACUACACCUUAAAGGUCAGUUCUCUUCAGGAGCAGAUGGAGGGGCUGCAGCAGUCCUUGAUAGAUAAAGACAAAAUUAUUACGACAAAUCAAAGUCUGAUGUCAGACUUUGAGAUUGACAGGAAAGCUUUGCAGGAUCGUAUCACCUCUCUCACAGAAGAGAUGGUCCUCAAGGAUCAGUCCUCUGUGGGGGAAAUUACCGAAAUAACCAAAGACUACACCUUAAAGGUCAGUUCUCUUCAGGAGCAGAUGGAGGGGCUGCAGCAGUCCUUGAUAGAUAAAGACAAAAUUAUUACGACAAAUCAAAGUCUGAUGUCAGACUUUGAGAUCGACAGGAAAGCUUUGCAGGAUCGUAUCACCUCUCUCACAGAAGAGAUGGUCCUCAAGGAUCAGUCCUCUGUGGGGAAAUUACCGAAAUAA